UGGAAAAUAAUUCGAGUAAAAUUGGAUUGGAUUAUUAAUUUAAUAAUUUUUAUCAUUUUAACGAAAUCAAAAGCUUCCAAACUACUUGUUUCUUUUGAUAUCGUCGGUUGAUCCGUGUUUUAUUCAGUCGUACACGGAAAGGCUUAUCUUAUGAUUGGCAGGAUAAAGUUAUGGAGUGUGCCCGGUUUGUUUUCAACUUUGAACUUAUGCAUAUCUAGUCAUUGCUGUCUGCAACAGACAACUAGAUUCGCUUCGCUACCGGCUACGACAACAAAAUCAAGACUCCUCAUGGAGCGCAGUUCGGACGUUCAUCUUAGAAUAAACGAUGAAUCGGAUCGGUUUCAGUUGGCAUUUUUAUAUCACGUACCCGAUGUUCGUUUGAACAAGCAACUGCAAUUUACCAGGAAUUUAUCCGAAUCUGUUGGAACAUUUUUGAAUCGUUUAUCGAUGAAGGUAAACACCGCUGUUCACAAAAAACAAAAGAAGAACAAAAAACCGGCAGAAACGGUGGACGAAGCGACAUCGAACGUCUCUUCGGAAUCGCUUACCGUGAAUUUGAUAAAAAACGGCGCCGUAGUUUCCGAAAGCGUACUGUGUAAGGAGGUUUUCACCUGCGACGACGAUUCGAAAGUUGCGUUGCAGAUCGGCGAUCAGCUCUAUACUAUUUUAAUCAACUAUCCGUGGAUACAAACUAUAAACUUGCCUAAAUGCAUUAUGGCCGGAUACCCGGUCUUUCCUAGUAAAUUCGUAUCGUAUUACACCGACGAAGCCGAGUCGCAGUUUGACUGGCAUAGACAGUUGCAAAAAGGCUACGAAUUGGUUUCAUCCGGAAUCGUAUACGUUCCUAGCGUAAGCGAUAUCGGUCAUAAACUAAAAUUGAUUUGCACGCCUAAGCGAAAUGGCGUCGCCGGUAUUCCGAUGGAAAUAAUUUCUUCGUCCGAAGUCGACGCGGGACCGGGAUUUUGUCCAUUCGAAACGAGACACGCGUUCACCCGAGCCGCUUUGACCAACGAUUCAUUCAGAGUUGUAACGUACAAUAUUUUAGCCGAUUUGUACGCGUCUUCGGAGACUGGAAAAAAUGAACUGUUUAGUUACGUUCCGCCGUACGCGCUUUCCAUGGAUUAUAGAAAACAGUUGAUUAUGAAGGAAUUGAUCGGUUACAAUGCGGAUAUAAUUUCGCUGCAAGAAGUGGAUUGCCGAAUUUUCGACGUAGACUUACAUCGUUGUUUGAAAACUAACGGAUACGAUGGUGAAUUCGCCAAGAAAGGUGGUCAAGUUAGCGAAGGGGUGGCUACUUUCUUUAAAAAAUCACGUUUCAAAUUGGUUUCUUGCGACAAAUUGACUCUGGGAGAAGAUUCUCACGAAUUGAGCUAUUUAUCGCAUAUUUGGGACGCGGUCAGUAAAGACGAGUCGUUGUACGCUAAAUUGAAAGAACGAACAACCGCUGCGCAAAUUCUCUUACUCGAUUAUUUGGAUAAACCAAAUCAUAAGUUGAUAGUAGCGAAUACUCAUCUGUAUUUCCAUCCCAGUGCCGACCACAUACGGCUUCUUCAAGCGGCUAUAUGUCUCGGUUUUAUAAACAAUUUAUUGAACCGUCUGAAUUCCGAGGACCCAAACAGUAAAAUAUCGGUUGUUUUUUGUGGCGAUUUCAAUAGCACACCGGAAUGCGGUGUUUACAAAUUAUUCACCACCAACUUUGUGCCCGAAACUUAUCACGAGUGGAAAUAUGAAAACUGCUCUGAAAACGAUUUGAAAUUGUCUUUACAUAAUCCAAUAUCAUUCGAAAGCGCUUGCGGAACGCCUGAAUUUACUAAUUAUACUCGACUUUUUGCCGGAUGCCUCGAUUAUAUAUUUUAUCAAAAGGAUCUGCUAACUGUGGAACAGGUAAUUCCAUUUCCAGCGAAAGAAGAUGUCAUGAAACAUGUUGGCAUACCGAGUGUGGUUUUUCCUUCGGAUCACAUAGCCUUAGUAGCUGAUUUGGCGUGGAAAUGAACAUUUGUUUUAUUUUGAUUUUUUACUUUUUUUGUACUGAAACUACCUAUUACUUCAGCCAAUUACAAAUACAUAUUAUUCUAUUGCCCGUUCUA